AAUGUCGCGAAGAUACAAACUCACCACCAGGUGGCGUUCAAGUAGUGAAAAAAGCUCCUCCUCCCCCUUGUCGCAAGUCUAUACUAACUAAGAGUGUGGCCGGUGUCCGCUCAGUCUUGGCUCACAUCAUCGAACCGAACGGUCAACCGAUAAACUUAGCGAACGAACGUAGUUGCAAUUGAGUAGAGCGGUAAGAUGGACGCACGAUUCAGAAGCAAUCUCGAAAUGAUUGGGCGUAACGAGCCCAUCACGAAGAAGGCAAAGUUCUGGCAGAGCUACGUGCGUGCUUUGAAAGGUAUGAGAUCUCACGACUGGAUUUUUUUUAUUUUUGCAAUUCACGGUUUAGGCACUGACGAUAUGAGGGCACCCGAGCACACUCACAGACCUCGCGGCAUUUUCCGCUCCGAGUUCCCAGAGCUACAUUCCUCGUGGAAUCCAUUUGGAAAGUCCAUCUACGAUGACCCGGUCCAUGCUGCUGAUCGCAUCCACACACCGGGAUACAGGUACUUGCCAGUUCAUCGUGAAAUCUACGGAUAUUCGCCAAGGCAACUGUACCCCCACCAAUACAAACCCGUCGACCGCUUCGUCUCCGCAAAGCCUUUCGACGCAGACAAAGCAUGGAACGAUCAUUUGAACCGUUUGGCUGACAUCGACAAAUUGUAUCCGAGCAAGUCUCCUCUUCUAUCUCGUCACACGUCGCCUGCAGCUGGACUGUCAACGAAACCACUGUUUGACAUUCACGGUAACAUUUUGGACGACAUCUUGCCGCGAUUCCCGACGUCGUUGUUGAAAGACCGAGCGAGGCCAUUCUUCGACAUGCUCGAGCCAUCGCCGAGUGCGCCAGUAAGCGCUUUCUCAAGGGAUCCAUGGUGGUACCCAAGCUUCGCGCCGUACAUCCCAAGCUAUGCUCAGUAUGGUACUCCAUUUUACCUAAGGGACAGUUACCUCAGCCCGAUCAAGCGCAAUUACCUUUGGAGUAGGCACCCACUCAGGCCUUUCGUUUUUACAGGACCUCGGGAAUAUUUCUAUUAUUCGCAACCCGUUCCAACCUUCCACUUUACGAGCCCAUGGUACAAUCGUCAUUGAAAACUGAACUUCUGUCUACCGCGCCUAGGAUUCUGCGUCAGUCCUGCAUUGGAAACAUACAUCAGCGCAAUCACGAAACAAAAUUAAAAAGUCGAUUGACAAGUAUCACAAAUUACCAAUUUAUUGGAAGCGAAUAUCAUCAUCUCAAACGGUAAACAAAAAAUAUAAGACAGCUCAUACUUCUCUCUCCUCUCACAAUACAGUUUCGCCAAUGAAGUUUUAUUUAUUAACAUUUAUCGUCAUGUAAAUAUUGAACGUACAUCAUUGCCACUUGAAAAUAAAACCUACAACAAAAAUGUUA